UAGGCACGAGACGGGGUUGCUACCUGGUGAUUUGACAGUUGCGUAAGGGUGCUAACCCCUCCACUGAAGUAGUAUAUAAGGCUCCUCUGCUCUAGUCCUGACAACACACUCUCUACAUCGUCCUCAGUCGACAAGAUCAUCAUCAUCAACAUGUACAAGUUCGUAGUCCUCGCUGCCGCCCUCGCCUGCGCCCAGGCAGGCCUGGCUCCAAGCUACAGCUACGCCACCGCCGCCCCCGCAGUCGCCACGUACACCGCCGCCCCAGCCAUCGCUAAGGUAGCCGCCCCCGCGGUGGCCACUUACGCAGCCGCUCCCGCCAUCUCACACGCACCAGCAUACGCAACAUACGCCGCAGGCCCCGCCUACGCUGCCCACACCUACGCCGCACCGGCCUACGCUAAGUUCGCCGCACCAGCUUACGCCGCCGCACCAGCAUACGCCGCAGCCCCCGCCUUGGGCUACGCCAGGACCUACGCAGCUGGCCCAGCAUACGCCGCCCCAGCCUACCACGCACCAGCCUACGCCGCUGCUCCAGCGUACGCCCAUGCCGCCUACGCUGCCCCAGCUUACGCCGCCCCCGUGGCUAAGGCCUAUGCUCCCUACGCUGCCGGCCCAGCCAUCGCUAAGGUAGCCGCCCCCUUGGGAGUCUCAUACUCUGCAGCCCCAGCAGUAGCUCACUUCACCUACGAGAGCCCACUGGCCCAUUACGCCUACUAAGUGACCUCAAUACUACGUAGAAUCUACGGACGAAUGUACUUCGUAUUACAUGACGGGUGAUAUUUUACAUCAAACUUUUGUACAUA